CUAGUGUGUUUGUAUACAUCACUCAACUACUUCCAUAAAACAUAAAAAUGAGUGGCGAAACCCAAAUAUCGAAUAUUGUCAACGAGAUUCUGAAAGUAGAGGCGAUCGAGGAAGCCUUCAGCUGCGUUCUGGUCCACAACUUGGAUCACGAUCUCGCGAAAAUAAAAUCAUGGCAGACAGAGUUGAGUUUGGCCAUGGGGAAGCUUCCCGCCGACCAGCAGGAAGCCGCUGUCAAACAGUUUCUUAUCCUAGCAGCGGGAAUGACGAAUCAUCGACGAUUACAAAUGUUACUGGGUUUACUGGAAGGCCUGGUCACUGGGAAUGUCUUACCUGCAAGGAUGGUGUGCGAGUCGAUUUUGAGUUGUGACAAAUUAGUCUAUGAUCUCCAGGAGUUCUGGGUAGAAUCAUUCGGUCUGAUUCGUCGAAUAACCGGUGGUGUAGACUACAAAGGUGUCCGGGAAAUAAUGAGGGGCUGUAUAGAAAAAGCCCAGACAAUUCCAGUUCGCCUGAACGCAUCAGUUCAGCCACAGUUGAAAGCCCUGGAGUACGUAUUCGAGAACAUCUUCGACAGGAACAACUGCCUCCUUCCCAGCUAUUUUAUCAUCACUGAAAUCCAGAAGGUGUAUCCAGACAACAAAAAUUGGCCACACUGGAAGUUGGCUUCAUUGUUAUCGAAUUUUGUCCAGAGUUUCCGUCCAGUGGCGCAGAUGGUGUCCAUUGUGGGCCAUUCAAAGAUGCUUCCAGUGGUGGAGCACACUGGAUACGCUGACCACCAGAUUAAUCCCUGGCUGCUCGAUCCAACGACAUUGAAAUUUUCACUGAAAGGGAGCCUUCCAUACGACGCUGAGCUUCUCAAACCCCAAACGGAGCUCCUGCGUUAUGUCCUGGAGCAACCUUACUCCAGGGACAUGGUCUGCUCAAUGCUGGGUCUCCAGAAGCAGCACAAACAGCGCUGUAUAGCCCUGGAGGAACAAAUGGUGGAGCUUGUUAUUCUGGCAAUGGAGAGAUCCGAAAACGACACAAUGCAAGCAGAAGGGGUGGACGGAACAGUGGCAAAUCACUGGGUCUGGCUGCAUCUCUCCUCUCAGCUGAUCUACUUCAUUCUCUUUCAGUUCGCCUCAUUUCCACACAUCGUCAUGGCUAUUCACGAGAAACUAGCAGCUAGAGACUUGAAGAAAGGAAGAGAUCACUUGAUGUGGGUUUUACUUCAAUUCAUAUCGGGAAGCAUUCAGAGAAAUCCACUUGCCAAUUUUCUCCCAGUACUGAAACUCUACGAUCUCCUCUAUCCAGAGAAAGAGCCUCUGCCAGUUCCAGACUACAAUCAAGCCCUAUGCACCCACCAAAUGGCAAUCACCUGCAUUUGGAUUCAUUUACUGAAGAAAGCUCAACUGGAGCACGCCAAUAUUCACAGGCCAAUUCCAACAGCUCUCAAGGCACACCACGAAUUCCUCCAGCAUCUGGUGAUGCCAAAUACCUCGUUAUGUAUGGGAUCAGACUACAGAAUAGCUCUUCUAUGCAAUGCGUAUUCGACCUAUCAAGAAUAUUUCAGCAGACCCAUGGCAACUCUCGUGGACACCGUCUUGGGAACUCAGAAGAAUCAACAGCAGCAGCCAUUGCAGUCGAACCUCCAGAACAAUGCAGCGUUGGUUACAGGUCCAAUUACACCUUUAUCAAUGUCCAUCCUGGAUUCUCUCACGGUUCAUUCGAAAAUGAGCUUAAUCCACAGUAUCGUAACUCACGUUAUUAAACUAGCACAGUCCAAGAGUAACAUGCCUUUGGCCCCAGCCCUAGUGGAAACUUACUCUCGACUCCUAGUGUACACUGAGAUCGAGAGUCUCGGGAUCAAGGGAUUCAUAAGUCAGCUAUUGCCCCAGGUCUUCAAGUCCCACGCCUGGGGGACUCUCUAUACUCUUCUGGAGAUGUUCAGCUACAGAAUGCAUCACAUUCAGCCUCACUAUCGGCUCCAGAUCCUCUCCCACCUUCAUAGUCUCGCUGCAGUACCCCAGACAAAUCAAACUCAACUGCAUCUCUGCGUGGAGAGCACAGCCCUGAGGAUGAUCACUGGGUUGGGAUCAGCAGAGGUGCAGCCCCAACUGUCGAGAUUCCUCUCAGAGCCGAAGACACUGGUCUCGUCAGAGUCUGAGGAACUGAACAGAGCCCUAGUUCUGACACUAGCCAGAUCCAUGCACGUAACGGGUACAGGAUCCGAUCCUGUCGGUGGCACCUGGUGCAAAGAGCUCUUGAUUACAAUAAUGCAGAACACCCCGCACUCCUGGGCUAUUCACACUCUUGACUGCUUUCCCCCAGUGCUGAGUGAAUUUUUCAAACAGAAUAGCGUUCCCAGGGAGAACAAACAGCAAAUAAAAAAAGCUGUUGAGGAAGAGUACAGAAAUUGGGCGUCAAUGAGCAACGAGAACGACAUAAUCGCUCAUUUCUCAGUUCCUGGUACCCCUCCAUUAUUUCUCUGCCUCCUAUGGAAAAUGAUCCUCGAAACAGAUCGAAUUAGUCCUAUCGCCUACAAAAUACUCGAGAGAAUCGGUGCCAGAGCUCUCUCCGCUCACCUUCGAAAAUUCUGUGAUUACCUAGUCUUUGAAUUCGCUAAUAGUGUCGGUGGACAACACGUCAACAAGUGCGUGGACACGAUAAAUCACAUGAUAUGGAAGUACAAUAUUGUUACAAUUGACAGAUUGGUACUGUGCCUGGCACUGAGAACUCAAGAAGGUAAUGAGGCGCAGGUCUGUUUUUUCAUCAUUCAACUGCUCCUAUUGAAAGCCGCUGAAUUCCGUAACAGAGUCCAAGAAUUCGUUAAAGAGAAUUCCCCAGAACACUGGAAGCAGUCCAAUUGGCACGAGAAGCACUUGGCAUUUCACCGAAAAUUUCCGGAGACUUUUGCACCGGAAGGGAUUAUGGAUCAAGCGAGUGGGGGGCCCAGUCAGUAUCAGAAUCUACCGGUUUACUUCGGUAAUGUUUGCCUCAGAUUUCUCCCAGUCUUUGAUAUCGUGGUUCACAGGUAUCUGGAGAUACCACCGGUUAUCAAAAGUCUGGAGAUUUUAUUGGAGCACCUGGGGUGUCUCUACAAGUUCCACGAUAGACCAGUCACAUAUUUAUACAAUACUCUUCAUUACUACGAAAAGAAGUUACGAGAUAAGCCACAGCUGAAGAGGAGAUUAGUUGCAGCUGUUCUAGGGUCUUUGAGAGAGAUCAGGGCGCCUGGAUGGGCCCUCUCGGAACCGUUCCUUCAUUACAUGUCGAGAGUGCCUGAAGAGGCCGUCUCCUGGGUACCCGAACUCGACUACUACAUCAGACUUGUACGUAGAAUUGUGGAAACGAUGUCCGGUACUCCGCACUUUCCCUCAGUCGACUGGAGAUUCAAUGAAUUUCCAAAUCCUGCAGCUCAUUCUCUGUAUGUUACCUGCGUGGAGCUCAUGGCAGUGCCUGUUGCUCCAAAUUCUGUAGCCAAUUCUCUUCUGGAUGUUGUGGCCAAGGGGUACACUGUCAUUCCACCUAAAGAUAUUCAUUUGUGGAUCAACUGCGUGGGCUUGCUGAUGGCUGCUCUUCCCGAGUGUUAUUGGGCUGCUUUCUAUGAUCGAUUGGUUGUCACGAUCAGCAGUCCUGGGCUUGCCAAAUGGCAGUACAACAACUUGACACCUUUCCAAAUGUUUAAUUUUGAUGUCACUCAUAAUUGUCUACUGGAGAACAAGUACUCGUACAUGCUGGCACUGACUCAUUCUAUCUGGCAUCAUGCUGGGGUUGGACAUAUCACGACGAUGCCGCAGUUUGUGAAGGAAAAACUUCAGCCCGCUGUCACCAGUGAGGAACAGCUUAUUUUCGCCUGUCACUUAAUUGGACCCACUCUCGCUCGGUUCAAUGUUGAGAGGCCCAAAUGCGUUGUCGAAUUGACAGUUAGUCUCUACGAAAUGCUAGAGCAGAUCGACAGAACGCAGGCUACACUGAAAUACAUGGAUCCCGUCUGUGAUCUGCUGUAUCAUAUUAAAUACAUGUUCGUUGGGGACAUGAUGAAGACUGAUGUCGAGUGCAUAAUCAGGAGACUGAGGCCUGCUCUCCAGAUGAGACUCAGGUUCAUUGCUCAUUUGAAUAUUGAGGAGAUUCAGAUGAAUUAAAGGACAGCUCGUGAAACGUCUUCAAUGGAUUUCGGAUAUUUCAUUGUGUGAUUGAUGUGAACGUCUCGACGACUUCAGUGAUUUUGUGGGGGAUUAAUAACAGAUGCUCGUGGAUUACUGAUGCUUUUUUAAAUGGAUUCUUAUGUAUCAUUGAUCAUACCAUCAGUGAAGUUUUAUUAUCAAAGUGAAGGAUUACGCUCGUACGCGUCGAUGUAUGCACGAUUGAUUUUACAGCUUCCAAGAGGUAAUUGUACAAUUCGAUUUUUUUAACCUAAAUAUAUUGCAGUAUUUUGACUUGUA